AUGAAACCUGGGGAUCCUUCAUUGAUGCAAAGAAAGAAAAGACAGCCCGAGAAAGAAAACGUCGAGCAACGACCACCGAGCAACCAGAAGUCGCCAAAGAAGGCAGAGGAGAAGACAGUCCAAGAGUCACUCGUCGAGAAGGGCGAAGAGGAGGGCGAGAUCUACCCCGUCGAGAAAAUUAUCGGGAGACGAAACUUCCGGGGAACGAUCCAAUACGCAGUUCUUUGGGAAAAUUGGAGCAUUGACGACGCAACUUGGGAGCCACUCGAGAAUUUGACUGAAUGCGGGGAGAAGAUCAAAGAAUUCGAAGAGAAACUCGCAGAGAUUCGACUAUUGAUCAAGAUCGAAAAGGUCGCUUCCUUUCUGGACUCAAUCGCUGACAUCUUUUAG